AUGGAUGAUUAUCUUACCAAUAAUUAUUAUUUACCAAUAGGUGAUGAUUGUUUUGAAAACGAAAUUUAUAAUACACCUAAUCCGUUAAAUGAAUCUUUUACUACUACUACAUCCGAAAUAUCAAAUACUACUGAAAUAUCAGACAUGACUUCUGAAACAUCAAAUAAUCUUGAUAUUAUUGAUGAAACAUCUAAUGCUUCUAACUCUUCACAAUCUGAUAUUUGGAAAUUUUUUACCAAAGAGAAAAAAGGAAAGUUGGUUGUUGCAAAAUGCAAACGUUGUCCAAGUAUUCAAUAUUCUGUCAUUAAAG